AUGACAGUGGUGGUGCCGAACAGCAUGUGUCCCCAGCCUCCCCCGCCGGACCGGCAGUACUGCAACGUGCUGGACUGCCCCGUGCGCUGGCAGACCGGCGAGUGGACCAAGUGCUCCAAGACCUGCGGCGGCGGCCUCAAGCAGAGAGAGGUGGACUGCAAGCAAGUGAUGGCACAGUCCCACGUGGUGGAGAGACCGGCCUCUCUCUGCAGCUCCCCUCGACCAGCCUCCACCAAGUCCUGCAACACAAGGCCUUGUCUCCUGGACACUGCGUCCCCAGAGAUAUCUUUGGCCAACUCGUCGUAUAUACAGCAUGAUCCAAAGAAGAAAAAGGUGACUGUAAAAGUGGGGGGCUCGGCGACGAUCUUCUACGGGACCCAGGUGAAGAUCAAGUGUCCGGUCAAGGGCUACAACAGGACCAAGAUUCAGUGGGCGAAGGACCAUCAGAUCAUCACCAAGUCUAAGAAGUACAAGAUUUCGAAGAAGGGCGCUCUCCGCAUCACCUCUCUCUCGCUCCGCGACCACGGCGUGUACACGUGCGUGGCGGGACGGUCAAGCGCCAACCUUACGCUGCUGGUCAAGCCACGGCCUGGCGAGUUCCCGUCCAGCGAGGAGAUAGAACGGCACAAGGCGCUGGACGAACCGUCGUCCCCUUUAGCUGACAGCCGCGCGGAUGGUCGGUACCGCGCUAUGAUUGGCAGCGCAUCCGACGACCAGUCCCAUGAGCAGCGCCCGGGGGACCAAAAGAAGACCUAUAAGAACCGUUCCCGGGGUAAAAUAGACAAAGUGAGAGACGCGCUGUACGGAAACACAGCUACCACGAGCACUACAGCAGCUCCCAGCUAUAAUUCUCAAGCCAGGGAUAUCUACGAUGAAAAUGAGAUACUCCCCCCGAAGCGCAACAGUGCCAACCGACUGCUACCCUGCCUACAUUACAUAGUAAUGCAAUUCCAGAUGUUUUGGAAUUUCCAGACUUUCGGCAACUCCAGGGGACAGAGGAUGGUAGACCCCAUAAUAAUGUAUCAGAACUACGGCGUCCCUUCCAAAACCAGAGUGAUCAAUCUCGAAGAUAAGCAAAUAGUGUUCCCCGAAGAUGAUGAUUCCGAUAUCAUUAUAGUCAAUGAAGAUUACAAUAGAAAUUAUGAUUAUAAUAGAAAUACAAUUGAAGAUACCACAGCUCAGGAAUUAAAAGAAGUUAAUGAUAUUGAGACAACUACAGAUCACAGGAUGAACCAGUACUUGGACGCACACGAGUAUGAGUGGAUGACCACAGAAUGGUCACCCUGCAACGCGCCCUGUGGCCAGACUGGCCAUGAAGUCAGAGGGGCUGUGUGCCAGCACAAGAAGACCAAUUCCACCACCACGGUGGAGACAGAUGAGUGCACGUCCCGGGGCAUUACACCUCCUACGGUGCUGCGUCCUUGCAAAAGCCAUAGCUGUGCCAGCUGGAGGACUAGCGCGUGGUCACCCAUCCGGUGCUUGGCCAGCGGAACUGCGGUAAGCAGACGCAAAGUGGAGUGUGUGAGCGAGAACGGGACUAUACAGGCCGACACCAGCUGUGAGUACAGCGCGCGGCCUGAGAAGACCCGGCGCGAGGCCACGCCCUGCAGGCCGGCCUGGUCUGUCGGGCCUUGGAGCAAGGUAAGGGUUUGA